AUGGACACUCCGGCGGCCGCCGACUGGUCGGAGCUUCCGGCCGACGUGCUCGGCCUCGUCCUCCUCGAGCUCGAGUUCCCCGACCUGUUCCGCUCCGCCGCCGUCUGCAAGCUCUGGCGCGCCACCGCCCGCGACAUACGCCGCCUCGGCCUCUACUCCCGCGCGCAGACGCCCUGCCUCCUCUACACCACCGCCGCCGCCGGCCCGCGCGCCGCCGUGCUCUACAGCCUCGCCGACAAGACGACGUCCUACACGGUCCCCCUCCCGGACCCGCCCAUCGCGGAGCGCCACAUCGUCGGGUCAUCCCACGGCUGGCUCGUCACCGCCGACCACCGCUCCGAGCUCCACCUCCUCAACCCGGCCACAGGCGAGCAGCUCGACCUCCCACCCGUCGCCACCAUCGAACACGUAAGGCCACUCUACGACGACGCCGGGAACCUCAACAACUACAAGUUGGUCUACUACGACGGCGGCGGCAACAGUCACCGGAGCAACGACGAUGACAUGCACACGGUGACGCACCCGCCGGAGACGUUCAGGGAGUUCUUGUAUCUCAAAGCCGUCAUCUCCUCCGACCCAUCGCGCGGCGACGACUACACGGUGAUGCUCAUCCAUCACCCAUAUCUUCAGCUCUCCUUCGCGAGAUCCGGCGACAAGAAGUGGACAUGGAUCAAGAUGGGGAACAAUGAGUGUGAGUGGUUCGAAGAUUGCAUCUACCACGACGGCGUGUUCUACGCCCAGACCGUUCACGGCGCCAUCCACGCCAUUGAUGUCGUCAGUGCUUCUUCCUCCUUCACCCAUAGACUGAUUCUCAAGCCGACCAUGGGUGAAUUGGGCACCCUCUACAUUGUACGUACCACGGAAGGUGACAUCCUGCAGGUCUUGCGAGUCACGGAAGAAGAUGAAGGUAGCGAGCAUAAGGACGUACGAACAACUGAAAUCGGGGUGUACAAGGUUGACUACAAGAAGCAAGAUCUUGAUGACGUCGAUGACAUAGGUAACAAUGCAUUGUUUAUUGGCACUAGUUACUCGAUGUGCUUGCCAGUGAAGGAUUAUCCACACUUGAUGCCAAAUCACAUAUAUUUCGACGAUGACUACGGGUACUUGGUUCACCGUAAACAUCUUCGUCGGGACGUUGGAGUUUAUGAUUAUACGAAUGACACUGCGAUCGAUGUGGAGUAUCCUCAGCCGUGGCUGAAUUGGCCACUAGCUCCAGUUUGGAUUACUCCAAGUUUUACUAAAACUGCAAAAUAUAGUUGACUAUAUAAAUGCGUGUAAUGUUA